AAAUGUUCCCCUGAAUGUGGCCUGACAAUAUCAGAAACGGCAUCCUGAUAUUAUCACAACAUAAAUCUUAUCUAUUUGUUAAUAAUUAUUCAGAAGAAGAAAGAAAAAUUGGGAAAGGAGUGUGAAAGUUGAUGAGAGAGAGAGAGAGAGAGAGUAGGAUAUUGUAUUUAGAAAGACAGAGAGAGAGAAUAUAAAGAGAUUUUUAGGGCAAUAGUUUUGUUUUGGAGUGCUGUAAUACCACAUGGCUUCGUUGCCGCUGGGGCCUAAUCAUCUACCAGAAAAUGAUGAAGGAGAAGGAGGAACAGUAAAGAUCGUUCCUCCUCAUCCUUCUAAAAUGGAAACUGAAAAGGAAAUAUCAGCCGCAGUUGUUGAGGGAAAUGAUCAAGUCACUGGUCACAUCAUUUCUACCACCAUUGGGGGUAAAAAUGGUGAACCCAAGCAGACCAUCAGCUACAUGGCUGAGCGGGUUGUGGGGACUGGGUCCUUUGGAAUCGUGUUCCAGGCAAAAUGCUUGGAAACUGGAGAGACUGUGGCUAUAAAGAAGGUCUUGCAAGAUAGACGGUACAAAAAUCGUGAGUUGCAGUUAAUGCGUUCGAUGGAUCACCCAAAUGUGGUCACCCUGAAGCACUGCUUCUUUUCCACAACAAGUAGAAAUGAACUGUUUCUCAACCUGGUUAUGGAAUAUGUCCCUGAAACUGUGUAUCGAGUUUUGAAGCACUACAGCAAUGUGAACCAGAGGAUGCCUCUCAUCUAUGUGAAACUCUAUACCUAUCAAAUUUUUAGAGGCCUAGCUUAUAUUCACAGUGUCCACGGAGUUUCACAUAGAGAUGUGAAGCCUCAAAAUCUUCUGGUUGACCCUCUUACGCACCAAGUCAAGCUUUGUGAUUUUGGAAGCGCUAAAGUGUUGGUUAAAGGUGAAGCAAAUAUAUCAUAUAUAUGCUCUCGCUAUUACCGGGCCCCAGAACUCAUAUUUGGUGCCACUGAAUAUACAACAUCCAUAGAUAUUUGGUCAGCUGGUUGUGUGCUUGCUGAGCUUCUUCUAGGCCAGCCCUUGUUUCCAGGAGAAAGCGCGGUAGAUCAACUUGUUGAGAUCAUCAAGGUCCUUGGUACUCCAACUCGUGAGGAAAUUCGCUGUAUGAAUCCAAAUUACACAGAAUUUAGGUUUCCACAGAUUAAAGCACACCCGUGGCACAAGGUUUUCCACAAAAGGAUGCCCCCAGAAGCAAUUGAUCUUGCUUCCCGACUACUACAGUAUUCACCAAGUCUCCGAUGCACUGCGCUAGAAGCAUGUUCUCAUCCUUUCUUUGAUGAGCUCCGUGAACCCAAUGCCCGUCUGCCAAAUGGCCGACCUUUGCCUCCUCUCUUCAACUUUAAACAAGAAUUAUCUGGGGCCUCCCCUGAGCUAAUUAACAGGUUGAUACCUGAGCAUGUGAGGAGGCAGUUGGGUCUGAGUUUCGUGCACCCAACCGGCACAUAAGUGGAGACAGAGACCUGGUAUUUAUAUAUAUAGUCUACUCUGGUAAAGAUGCUAAGCAGAGAGGCAGGCCCGGCCUUGGUGCUGAGCAAGCUGGGCAGUUGUCCAGGGCUUACGGUUGCGGUUUAAUCUCUGGGGUUGCUCCUCUGAGCCUUGCAAGCAGCAGUCAACAAUUGCGGUUGCUUCUCCAAGCCUUAAAAAUCACUUUUCUUAUAGGGUAACUCGCCAAGUUGGGAACUCACCAUAGGGUUUGUUGCACGUAUCAAGUGUAGUGUAAUUCUUGCAGAACUGAAGUAGAAUUUCAAUAUUUUGAUGUUUGUAAAAUAAUUUUGUUUCGUUUUGGUGGAUGGCCAGCAAAUUAUAAGCUUGAUGAAUGUGUAACUGCUUGUGUUGCCACCUUUUGGCUAUAUUUCAAUCACCUUGGCGACAAGCUGAAUAAUUUUAUCCAAACAAUACCAACCAUGUUCACCA